AUGGAAAAUUCAGAAAAUCAAUCUAUCAGAGUCGGAUUGUUAGAAGAGGAAGCUCGAAAACGCAAGGAACGAUUGGCAAAUUUGAAAAAAUCUUUAGAAAAUAAAAAUGAACCAAAAAACAACGAGGACAUUGUGGAAAAACCAUUACCAAAGCCAAGGUUUAAAAGUUAUAUUCCAGAAGAUGAAGGGCUUAAAGCUGAACUUAUACCUACCCCUCAACCAGGUGACAUUGUUGCUGAAGUCGAGGAUCAAUUAAAAGCUGGAGAAACCGUGUUUACUGUUCAGGAAUUGGAUUUAAACACAUUAGCACCAAGAAAGCCAGAUUGGGAUUUGAAAAGAGACAUAGAAAAAAGAAUGACCAAACUUGAAAGGCGGACACAAAGAGCAAUUGCUGAACUAAUACGUGAUCGAUUAAAAGGAGAACAAAAUAUAGAUUUGGCAAUGGCCGUAAAUGAAGGUGCCAGAGCAAAUGCUCAAAUUGAUAACGACGAAGAGUAG